AUGAUGUCAAGAUCUUAUACCAAUCUUCUGGAUUUGGCGUCUGGGAAUUUCCCUGUAAUGGGCAAGGAGAAGGAGCGAAAGCGGUUCCCUAGGGUAAUGACAGUCCCUGGGAGUAUACUCGAGCUAGAUGAUGACCAGGCUAAUAGUGUUACAUCAGAAAACCCAUCUUCAGUUGCUGGUGAAAGAAUGAUUAUUGUCGCAAACCUUUUGCCUUUGAAAGCAAAGCGAAGGCCAGACAAUAAAGGGUGGAAUUUUAGCUGGAAUGAGGAUUCCUUGCUUUUGCGGGUUAAGGAUGGCUUUCCGGAUGACAUGGAGGUGCUGUACGUUGGGUCAUUACCUGUUGAUGUUGAUCCAAUUGAACAGGAUGAUGUAGCCAAUUAUAUUUUGGAAAAAUUCAAGUGCGUCCCUGCUUUUCUUCCACCUAAUCUUCUGGGAAACUAUUACGAUGGCUUUUGCAAGAAGCAGUUGUGGCCACUUUUCCAUUACAUGUUGCCGUAUUCAGCUAAUCAUGGAAGCCGGUUUGAUCGUUCAAUGUGGGAAGCCUAUGUGUCCGUAAAUAGGCUGUUUUCUCAGAAAGUGGUUGAGGUGCUAAAUCCUGAGGAUGAUUUUGUUUGGAUUCAUGAUUAUCAUUUGAUGGUGCUCCCCACAUUUUUGAGGAGGCGGUUCGUUCGAUUGAGAAUGGGUUUUUUUCUUCACAGUCCGUUUCCUUCAUCUGAGAUAUACAGGACACUUCCUGUUAGAGAAGAAAUCCUUAAGGCCCUACUCAACUCUGACCUUAUUGGCUUUCAUACCUUUGAUUAUGCUCGGCAUUUCCUAUCCUGUUGCAGUCGGAUGUUGGGCUUGGAAUAUCAAUCGAAAAGGGGUUAUAUAGGACUAGAUUACUAUGGAAGGACAGUUGGAAUAAAGAUUAUGCCUGUUGGGAUACAUAUGGGCCAUAUUGAAUCAGCAAUGAAACUUGCAGAUAAAGAGCAGAAGUUCGAGGAGCUGAAGCAACAGUUUGAAGGUAAAACGGUUUUACUUGGAGUUGAUGACAUGGACAUUUUUAAAGGUAUCAAUUUGAAGCUUUUAGCUAUGGAGCACAUGCUCAAGCAGCAUCCAAAUUGGCAAGGAAGGGUCGUCCUGGUGCAGAUUUGCAAUCCUGCUAGAGGGAAAGGAAUACAUUUGGAGGAAAUAAAAGCUGAAAUAGAGGAGAGCUGCCAGAGAAUCAAUAAUGAAUUUGGGAAGCCUGGAUAUGAGCCUAUAGUUUUUAUUCAUAGGCCUGUAUCACUAAGUGAAAGAAUGGCAUAUUUCAGUAUUGCUGAAUGUGUUGUGGUUACAGCGGUGAGGGAUGGGAUGAAUCUGACUCCUUAUGAAUACACUGUCUGCAGACAAGGAGUAUCAGGUGCAGAACCUGGUUCAAAUCUGAGUGGACCCAAGAAGAGCAUGCUAGUUGUAUCUGAAUUUAUUGGGUGUUCUCCUUCCCUAAGCGGUGCAAUUCGUGUUAAUCCGUGGAAUUUUGAGACAACUGCUGAGGCAAUGAAUGAGGCGAUUUCGAUGGCUGAACCAGAGAAAGAGUUGCGGCACGAGAAGCAUUAUCGUUAUCUUAGAACCCACGACGUAGCUUUUUGGUCAAGGAGCUUCUUGCAAGAUAUGGACAGAACUUGUGCGGACCAUUUCAGUAAAAGAUGCUGGGGGAUUGGUCUAGGCUUUGGGUUCCGAGUAGUGGCUUUAGAUCCUAACUUUAGAAAGCUAUCGAUAGAUGAUAUUGUGGCAGCUUACUGUAGGGCUAAAAGCAGGGCAAUAUUGUUGGAUUAUGAUGGCACAUUGAUGCCUCCAACUUCUAUUAUUAAGACUCCAAGUUCACAAAUUAUCUCUAUCUUGAACAGACUUUGUGGGGAUCCAAAUAAUAUUGUUUUCAUGGUGAGUGGAAGAGGGAGGGAAAGCUUAAGCAGUUGGUUUUCACCUUGCAAGAAGCUGGGACUUGCUGCAGAACAUGGCUACUUUUUGAGGUGGCCACAACAUGAAGAUUGGGAAACAUAUGGCCAGAGUUCUGAAUUUGAAUGGAUGCAGCUCGCUGAACCUGUUAUGAAAUCAUAUACCGAGGCUACUGAUGGUUCUGAAAUAGAACGAAAGGAAAGUUCUCUAGUCUGGCAUUAUCAGGAUGCAGAUCUCGGGUUUGGUUUUUCUCAGGCAAAAGAGAUUUUGGACCAUCUAGAGAGCGUUUUAGCAAAUGAACCUGUUGCAGUGAAGAGCGGGCAAUUCAUUGUAGAAGUCAAGCCUCAGGGUGUUAGCAAAGGAAUAGUUGCAGAAAAAAUCUUCUCAUCAAUGGCUGAGAAGGGGAAACAGGCUGAUUUCGUGCUGUGUAUUGGUGAUGACAGAUCUGAUGAGGAUAUGUUUGAAAUAAUUGGUUCUGCAGUGUCAAGACGUACCCUUCCUUACAACACCGAAGUAUUUGCUUGUACAGUAGGGCAGAAACCCAGCAAAGCCAAAUAUUAUUUGGACGAUACAUCUGAGGUGGUAAGCAUGCUUGAAUCUGUUGCUGAAGCUUCUGAUUCUCCAGUCUCAUCUGACAACGAAUCUGAUAUCUCCGUCUAA